UCCCUCGCGCCCCCCCCCCCGUUGGUCCCUCCCUCUCGUCUCCCUCUUCCGGUUCUGCCCUCUCCCUUUCCUUCACGGCGACGGAGCGAGGCGGCGCGGCACCAUGAGCAAGGUUUCUCGCGACACGCUGCACGAGGCUGUGCGGGAGCUCCUCCUAGGCUCCCAGAAGAACCGCAAAAGGUUCCGAGAGACUGUGGAACUCCAGAUCAGCCUGAAGAACUAUGAUCCACAAAAGGACAAGCGAUUUUCCGGAACCGUCAGGCUGAAGAAUACUCCCCGCCCCAAGUUCUCCGUUUGCCUCCUGGGAGACCAGCAGCACUGUGAUGAGGCUGAGGCAGCCAGCAUCCCCCACAUGGACAUCGAGGCUCUGAAGAAGCUCAACAAAAACAAGAAGCUUGUCAAGAAGCUAGCCAAGAAGUACGACGCCUUCCUUGCCUCCGAGUCGCUCAUCAAGCAGAUCCCUCGUAUCUUGGGCCCUGGCUUGAACAAGGCUGGCAAGUUCCCUUCUCUGCUCACCCACAACGAAAACAUGGCGAGCAAAGUCGACGAGGUGAAGUCGACCAUCAAGUUCCAGAUGAAGAAGGUGCUUUGCUUGGCGGUUGCUGUUGGGCACGUAAAGAUGACGGAAGACGAGCUGGUGUCGAACCUGCACCUUGCCAUCAACUUCCUGGUGUCGCUGCUGAAGAAGAACUGGCAGAACGUGCGUGCCCUCUACCUCAAGAGCACCAUGGGCAGACCACAGCGCCUCUAUUAAUUAACCAUCGCGCCUCGUCCUGUGCAUGCGCAUUCCUGAAAGUAUCGAGUGCCUGUGCGGGCUGUGGUGUUUGGUAUAAAAAUAAAGGUGAAAUUAUUUCCA